AUGAGUGAUAAUUGGAAGCGACAGAGGAUUGAAAGAGGGUUUCCGAGUGCUUGUAAGAAGUGUGGAGCAGCCGUUGAGAUUUUUACAUCGAAAACGACCAAGAACCCAUGGAGACUUUUCCAUGGUUGUCCUAAUGGUAGUGAAGAGGAUAAGAAUCAUUUGUUUAAAUGGACGGAUGAGUCGGUUGUGGAGGAAAUUGAUGAUAUGAAGAGCUUGUAUGAUGACAAAAUCAGUCAUUUGGAGCUUCAGUCUCAGAAAUAUGAAGAUGUAGAGAGCAAACCUGAAUUUAGGCUGUUGGCUGACUUGGUCCCUGAGCUUGUGAUGGCUAACUUGGUCCCGGAGCUUCGCUUUGUGAUGGCUGACUUGGUUCCUGAGCUUCACCUUGCGAUGGCUGUGUCUUCUUCCUUGGAUAAAUCUUCCUCAGCUUGUUAG